UGUGAUCUCUGAAACCAGCUCUGGGGCUCCCUCUUUGCUCCAAUAGACAGGAGCGACUUUGGGCUACAUAAUCAUCAAAUUCUUACCUCGCCCUUCACUGCUAGUAGGAUCAGAUUACAUUUCUUUCACUAUUCUCCACUCCCCAGUUUCUUGAUCUGUUUAAAAGAAGUAGAAAAGAUAAGUCUUCUCUUCAGUGCCUGGAAGGGAAAACAAAAUAACCUCAACUCCGCUUUGAAAAAAAUCUUUCCAAGAACUUUCUUCAGAGAUUUGACUCAGAUAAUUUCUACGAUGAAGAAAGAACAGAUUUUUUGGACUUCUGUGUAUCUGCUGCUUAACUGUGCUUCUGCCCCUCUUAGUGCUGUCGCCGAGGAUGCUGAGGAAUAUACAGAUGUCACAGAUGAUGGGUUACCACCACUGAAACUUGCACAUUCAUUUUGUGCUUUGAAAGCAGAUAAUGGCCCAUGCAGAGCAAUCCUUACGAAAUUUUUUUUCAAUAUUCACACUCAACAGUGUGAAGAAUUUAUAUAUGGGGGAUGUGAAGGAAAUCAGAAUCGCUUUGAAAGCCUGGAAGAGUGCGAAGAAAAAUGUAUAGGAGAUUAUGUAAAGACCAGGACUGAGACCACAUUAGAAAAAGAAAAGCCAGAGUUCUGCUUUUUGGAUGAAGACAGUGGAAUCUGUCGAGGUUAUAUGACUAGGUAUUUUUAUAGCAAUGACACAAAGCAGUGUGAACGUUUCAAGUACGGUGGGUGCCUUGGCAAUCAAAACAACUUUGAAUCACUUGAGGAAUGCAAGAACACCUGUGAAGAUGCAGUGAAUGAUAACCAGCUGGAUAUGAUUGUGAAUAAUACAUUACUGUCUGAGACUACGGACAGUAUAUUACCACUUUAUGCUACGACUAAUACGUUACUGCCUGAAUCUGUGAAUAGUACAUUACCGCUUGAUUCUGUGAAUAAUGACUCCUUCACUCCCCAGCCUACCAACGUCCCUAGCUUUUUUGAAUUUUACGGUCCUUCCUGGUGUCUGACCCCAGCAGACAGAGGAUUGUGUCAAGCCAAUGUGAGCCGAUUCUACUAUAAUUCAGUUAUUGGGAAAUGCCGCCCAUUUAAAUACAGUGGAUGUGGAGGGAAUGAAAAUAAUUUUACUUCUAAAAAUGCAUGUCUUAGGACUUGUAAAAAAGGCUUCAUCCAAAGAACAUCAAAAGGAGGAUUAAUUAAAACUAAAAGAAAAAGAAAGAAGCAGACAGUGAAAAUAGGAUACGAAAAAAUUUUUGUUAAGAAAAUAUAAAUUUGGGGGCACCUGAAGUGGCUCAGUCUGUUAAGCGUCUGAUUCUUGCUCUUGGCUAGGUCAUGAUUUCAUGGUUGGGGAGAUUGAGCCCCACCUUGGGCUCUGUGGGUCAGGUUCUGUGCUGACAGCAUGGAGCCUGCUUGGGAUUUUCUCUGCCCUCCCCCACUCACAUACUCUCUUUUUCUCUAAAUAAAUAAAUAAACAAAAAAAAAUAAAUAAAUCUUACAUUGUUACAUUAGUUCUAAAUAUUUUGGAUGAAACUUUUCACUAUAAUUUUUAUUUUUUUUCCUGAAAUCCUUUUAAUGAAUAUUUCCAUCAAUUUUCUAUGUACAAAUUAACUGCUAUUAAUACAUUUUUAUCAGAAUUCAUUCCUUAAUCUAGUCAAAUUGCUUACUCAAGGACAAUGAUUAACUGACUACUGUGAAUUUACCUAUUCUCUCAAUUCCUUUAUAUUUUUCAUUAACUACAAGCUAUCAUUUACUGGCCACAUCAAGACAGUCCAUUUUUCCAUUUGGUGAUUAUCUGUUUGAGAAUAUGUUGUCAUUUAUUUGUUUCGAUCAUGUGUAUGAUGAUCUUUAUAGUCUAUGCCCAAAUUGAUAAAUGCAGAUAUUAAGGAUCAAGCACUUUUUGGAUUUCACAUCAAACAUGGUGACAAGCAUUUGCUUCUAUAAGGAUCACUCAACUGUGCGAAAGCUGGUAAUAAUACAAUUCUAUUAUGUGCUUCCCUCCAUAGACAUAAUUUUUCUCCUUUCUUAUAAACCAGUACCUCAAUCAAUCUUGAGCCAUACCAUUAUCUGAACAAAGAGAGUCAACUCUAUCAUGUGCCUGCCUGAUUUUGAUUGAUCUAACUAUUUUGUGUAUGUUUGUGUGCUUAUGACUCACUAUACUAGUAAAAAUGGUUCAAUGUUAAGUACAGAUCAUGGUAAGAAGAAACUUGGUGGAAAGGGAAGUUUUUAAUGGCAAUCAAAAGUGAAUUGUGUUUAUAUACUUCCAAUUUUAUUGUUUAACAAAAUUUUCUCUUACCCCAAAUAGCAAGAAUACUGAAUCCUACUGAAACUUAUUCAUUUAUCAUUAAGCUUUGCAUGCAAUGCAACCAAUAAGUAAGUCAUGGGGGAAGUAAGCUUCAGGGGGAAGAAAAAGUCAUGUUAUUUAUGUAGAAAAGGAAGGUCUACUACUGAAAAGUCUAUCAGCAAGGAAGAUUCCACUAGAAAAAUCUAUGUACUAUUCACUCUCAGGGUUUUAAAUAAUCUCUCCGUGGAGUUAACUCACUUUAUCCAGAUCCUUUUCUGCUGAUCUAUGUGCAGUCUGGCAUCUCAACAGACUCCUAGACAUUUCAGUUCCUAUAAUAUUCACCUCAAACUUUGCAUUUAAAUUUGAACUUGUCAUCUAGAAACAACUAAUCACUUCAUCUGCUUAGUUUAGCUUUAUGAUUUCUCUCUAGCAAUAGUAUUAUAAUUCUCUGUUCCUGUGACUUGAAAGUUUGACCCCGGUUUUGACUUCUUUUUUCUCAUGUACGUAUCUGAUCAGUCUCUAAACACUAGUGCUUCCUUUUUCAUAAAGUUCAUCCAACUCCAGGGUUUUUGCCCCUUCUGCAUUCUUCACAUCAGUAUUGAUUUAAUUCCUAAGAAUUAAUUCCUUAGAGCAUAUUUCUCCACCACUCAAAAUCCAUCAAGGACUCACUAGUUGGUACUUAACCCCACCCUAUCCCCCACAAUUUUAUUUUGUUCUAUAUAUAUUACACUACUGCCCUCUUUCAUGACUAUUUCAAUUUAAUUAAAAGGGUAUAUACUGUUCACUAAAUACUCUUUAUUUAGUCAGCUUAUUCAUGCUGAUUUCCUACUUAAAAAUAUUAUCUUUUCCAGACUAUCCAUGUGAAGCCAGGGUUCAGCUGAUGUGAGCUAUAAAAUUAUUCUGUUUUGUGGCCGAAUAUGAAGUCCUAAGAUACAAUUACAAAUUACUUUCAUCCUAAAGCAUAAAAAUUAUAUCAUUAUAAAAUAGUGUCAAUUUUUUUCACUUAAAAAUUUUAUAUCUUGAUUUCAAAUAUAAUAUAUAUACAUAAUAUAUACAUAAGUAACUGCCUUAGACUGGAUCUUUGCUGUGGAAUUUGAGACUUGGAAAUCAAAAUCCCUGUGAAAUAUGCUUUGUAUCAUUAUACAUGGAGAGUAAUACCUUUAAAUAAACAAUAUGGUCUCCUAAGUUAACCUAUCUGCCACCAAGGACAUAGAAGUAGCACAUUAGUGAGUUGACGGUUUUCUCCAACAAUCAUUCACGGGUUCAUUACUUAAUCAAGAAAUACUCACACUCAGGUGAUUUCUAAUUUUUAAUGCAUGAGAAUAUUAUUUUUACUGUGUUUUAAAUAAGAAGCUCUCUGGUUGUAUUGUCUUACUUUGUGUUACAUAAUUAAAUACAUCUAACUGUGAAUUUUAUAUAGAAUUACUUUAUACAGCAUUUAUAUGUAUUUACCUACUUAGUUUUCUCUCUGUUCAAAAUUAAUGGAUCAUGCUGAAAACUGCCCAAAUGAUUUUAGUGUUUACAUUAUAAUAAAUAAAAUAUUCUGAAU